AUGCAGGACAUUAAAGGACAUGUGAGCACUUGCACUAAGCCAAGUCCUGAGUAUCUUAAAGAUUCCUUACAGAAGCAGAAAGUGGCUAUGGAAAAUGCAUCUUCAGUAACUGAGUUCAUCCUGGUGGGAUUGACCAACAAACCUGAACUCCAGCUAACCCUCUUCUUUUUCUUCUUGGUGAACCAUGUGGUCACUGUGGUGGGAAAUUUGAGCUUAAUUAAUCUGAUUUGCCUAAAUUCUCAUCUUCACACCUCCAUGUACUUUUUCAUCUUCAAUCUGUCCUUCAUAGACCUCUGUCACUCUUUAGUCCUUACCCCUAAAAUGCUAAUGAGCUUUAUGUCAGAGAAGAAUAUCGUCUCCUUUGCAGGAUGCAUGACUCAGCUAUUUUUCUUUUGUUUCUUUGUCCAUUCUGAGUGCUAUGUAUUGACAGCCAUGGCUUAUGAUCGCUAUGUUGCCAUCUGUAAGCCCCUACUGUACACAGUUGCCAUGCCUCCACAAACCUGUUUCCUGCUGAUGCUUGGUUCCUAUGUUAUGGGAUUUGCUGGUGCCAUAGCCCACACAGGGGACAUGGUCAGACUAUCCUUUUGUGACUUCAACAUCAUCAACCAUUACAUGUGUGACAUCUUUCCCCUCCUCCAACUCUCCUGCAGCAGUACUUAUGCCAAUGAAUUUCCACUAAUUCAUGCCAAUGAAUUAGUGGACUCCAUUAUUGUGAGCACAAUUGCAAUACUAUCCAGCUUCAUAAUUUUCAUUUCUUAUGCUUUGAUCCUUUCCAGUGUCCUCCAUGUCUCAUCACCUGGAGGUUUGUCCAAAGCCUUCAGCACCUGUGGCUCCCAUAUGAUAACUGUUGCUCUGUUCUAUAGUUCCGGAAUGUUCACACAUCUUAGGACCUCUUCUGCUGAUUCUGUGGACAAAGGGAAGUUCUUCUCAGUAAUUUAUACCCACAUAAUUCCUAUGCUUAACCCCCUCAUCUAUAGCCUGAGGAACAAGGACAUCAAAUUUGCUCUGAAAAAAACCCUGAAGAGAUUUGCAAACUAA